AUGCUGUCUGAUCUGAGCCUUAGUUCGAACUCGGACUCGGACUACUACGUGGCGCCGUACACGUCUCGACACGGGACCAAAGUGCGGAGAGGGGAUCUAAUGGAUUACAAGCCACGCACCGACCGUAUAGAUAAGAGCAAAGACCUUCGUAGUAGGGGCGGACGGGGGACGUCGGGGAAAAAUUAUAUAGAGGAAAGUGACGAAGGUUAUGGUGGUGGUGACAACAGACGGGAGAUGAAACUAUUCCCCCGAGAGCGAUCCCCGGUACGUGGGCAAUCCCAAAGACGUGAGCAAUCCCCGGUACGUGGGCAAUCCCCGGUACGUGGGCAAUCCCCGGUACGUGGGCAAUCCCAAAGACGUGAGCGAUCUCCAACGCGCGACUACGACCAGGAAUCUCGACGCAGUUCUUCCCCCCAGGACCGAUACAACACGCGAUCCUCCCGACAACGCAAUGACAACAAGUGGGAUCGCCGAUCAAAGUCAACAAAACCCGCACAACGGAUGCCGGCGUCCGAAGAUUACCUGGGCAGACGUAUAAGCGAUUCUACGUCCAGACAGAAAUACUCAAAGUCAGACAAGUUGCCCCGAACCCACGGAGACCAAUGUCUGCCGCGCGAAGGACGGACAAAGACGGGACUGCCACCAUACAUUGCACGCACGUGCAUUGGAAGCAAGAAGAGGGGAGUCAACGGCAAGACGUACAUUGCUGUAGCAAGGCCGACAAGGGUGGUCUGGCGUGAAGCGGCAACGUACAACCCCAACAGCGACUCUUCCGGUUACCGAUACAGGGAUGAUAAGUGGUAG